GGACUACUUAGUCCCCUCCCUUCCCGCUGUCUGCAUGUGGCCUCCCGGCUCCUUUAAGGUUCGGUAUUGCUUGGCACCUACUUAUCUGGCUCUGAGACGGUGCCUGAGAUUGGGAGUGCUCAUGGCAAAAAGCAAGUUUGAAUACGUGCGGAACUUCGAGGCUGACGACACCUGCCUCCCUCACUGCUGGGUGGUGGUGAGGCUCGAUGGCAGGAGUUUCCAUCGGUUUGCUGAGAAGCACAACUUUGUGAAACCUAAUGACAGCCGUGCUCUCCACCUGAUGACCAAAUGUGCUCAGACUGUAAUGGAAGAACUGGAAGAUAUUGUGAUUGCAUAUGGACAGAGUGACGAAUACAGCUUUGUGUUCAAGCAGAAGAGCAACUGGUUUAAAAGAAGAGCCAGUAAGUUCAUGACUCACGUGGCCUCCCAGUUCGCUUCCAGCUAUGUGUUUUACUGGCGGGAUUAUUUUGAGGAUCAGCCCCUCCUGUACCCCCCAGGCUUUGAUGGAAGAGUUGUGUUGUAUCCUAGCAACCAGACCUUAAAGGACUACCUCAGCUGGCGGCAAGCAGAUUGUCACAUCAAUAAUCUUUAUAAUACAGUUUACUGGACACUUAUACAACAAUCUGGAUUAACACCCGAACAAGCCCAGGAGAGAUUAAAGGGAACCCUGGCAGCAGACAAGAAUGAGAUUUUGUUUUCUCAAUUCAAUGUCAACUACAACAACGAGCCACCGAUGUACAGGAAAGGGACGGUGCUGAUAUGGCAGAAGGUGGAUGAAGUCAUGACAAAAGAAGUUAAACUGCCAGCAGAAAUAGAAGGCAAAAAGAUGGCAGUGACACGGACCAGGAUGAGGCCGGUGCCUCUGCACUGCGAUAUCAUUGGUGAUGCUUUCUGGAAAGAACACCCAGAGAUCCUCGAUGAAAACAGCUGACCCUUCACUCUAAUCUUGGCAUACUUAACCAUGCAAGGCCCCCAGAUCGCUUUUCUUUGGUGACCCUAACAUUCUUGCCAUCCAGAACACUGGGUCAGGGGGGACAUGACUCCAGGUGGGAGGGAACAGGAUGGAAGGAAUGGGUAGGGUGAUGCCUUUUGUCCUGCUUGAGCAAAUCCCUCUUUUUGUGAUGACAGAACAUGACUUCUUUGAGUUUUUUCUUUUUUAUCGCGGUACUAUUUUUAUAAAGGAAGAACUAUUUCAUGCCUUGUAGGAAGAAUCAUUUUUAGAUUGUGACAUAAGUCUUACAAAACCCCAUCAGCUCUUUUCAUCUAUGAUAGAAGAGGAGCCCAAACUUUACUCUCUCCCACCUGCUCUUACCUGGAGAACCCAGUGAUUUUGAAGAAUCUCAUGUCUGCCACCCAUGCGUAUGCCUUCACCUUUGGCAGAGCCACAAAUAUAGCUUCAUACUUGUCUGAUGCCUCUGAAUUUGCAAAUUCUAGGGGAAGACGAAGGGCUUUGUGUCAGUCUCCAAAUUUCCAGCUUUGGCUAAACAGAUGAGUAAUGGUUUCGCUAUCCUUGGUGUACACAUCCCAUGUGUUGCUUUUAUGGAAUCCUCAGCAUGAUAACAGCAUCUUCUUGGUAGGGCCAGUGUUUCCAAAGGCACUUGCCUCUUUCCAAGCAGAGGAGGAUGUCUGCGAGAGAAGAAGAUGUGUGACAAGGAAUGAAUCAGAACGAAGACACAUGUACUUUCUGUCUUCUCUGGUACUUGCUUUAAAAGCUGUCUUCUUGUUGGACUUGGUGAAAAGAUUCAUAAACAGUCUGUAUAUAAUCAGAACAAUGAAAUUUGAACUCCAGAGCAGAGGGGUCGGAUGCCUCUUGGGUCCCAGGCUGCAGAUGUUAGUGGAGUCAGUAGCUCCACGUGCCUCUGGGCCAAUGGAGAUCGGAUCAGAACAGCAGAGAACAUCAGUGUUAAGUGUUAGUCUCACGUUACCAAGCUGUUGGACUCUGAAAUGGGAGGUCAUGGGUUUGUGGUGGAAUAACUCCCAUUUCCUUCUGUCCUUGUUUCAUAUUUUAAAGGAAAAUGAUUAUUUGGGUCUAUUAACAGUUACUUAAGAGACCGCCCACAUCCCAAUGCCUGGUCUUGCUUUGCAGAAUUUAUAGCCAAGAAAAUGUAUUUUUCAAAGAGCAACGGCUGGCCUCAUCCUUCACUAAUUGACACCCCAUCUGUCGAUGCUACUUUUUUCCUUCCUGUUUUCCCCCCACUCCCCAGGAAGAGUUUGGGUUUACUAAUUGCAAAAAUCUCUUUGAGAAAAAAACAAGGACUAAAACUCCCUGGGCCUUCUUACUGAUUUAUUUCAUAAUACAAGCAGUAUGUAAGUGACUUCUGUGUCUCUCUUUGGUGAGCCAAGAUGCUAUCCCCUUAUCACAAUAGGUUCACACUUAAGAGAUUGAAAAACACUUACUUGGAAGUCUAAAUGCCCAUUUGAGGUUCCCUGAAUAUUUGGGGCUCAGCAGUCUGAUGUUUUACCCCAGAGACUUUGGGCUUCUGGUGCAUAUGGUUGAUGUACUGUAUAACUGGACAGACAAGGCCCUCAGCAUCCUGAUAGUCUAAUGAGCCCAAAACAAUGUAACUCUUGAUUGGAAAAUUUCACUUAAUGGUAAAUUGAUAGCAUUUUAUAUCAAUUAUUUACAAGCAAGUAGACAUUAAGCUAUAAAGUUUCAGGACUGAUCGACCUAGAGAAAAUAUUUGUCAUAAUAAAUCCAGGUGGUUCUGUAGCUUUUGAGUUUUGUUCAGGCAGAGGUUUUAAACAGAGUAAUAAACUGGGUUUAAUACAGUGCCAUAAAGAAACCAUUAAAAUGCCUAGAAGUUGCUGCCUGAUUGUUUUUAUCUUUGCGGAGAUACUUAUUCAUUCCGGAGUGUAAUUCACUGUUGCAUAUUAAUUUUUAUCUUGCUCUCUAAGGUACUCUGUAGUAUUCUCUUGGUCUUUUCCAAACGUUAAGGAAACAAGUACACACACACACACACACAAAAAAAAACCCAGCCAAUGCAGUUAUUGCUGGUUGACAACUGGGAGAGCAACUGCAGUUAGAAAAGUGAUUUUUUUGUGGUUUGUAAGGGACUGGGAACAUCUCUGCCCUAUUGGGUAAGGAAGUAAUAAUUGUAUCUAGAGGCGACUCAUUUUAACUUCCGAAAACAAGUACUGUGAUGAUGGGAGGCUAGAGACUAAGAACUGGAACAGAUCAGAUCUUGGGAACCCACAGCUCCUCCAGUUCUUUACCAAUGCUCAGAAAAUAGCAAUAAAAUUAUUUUUCCAUUUCUCCA